CUCCAGGUCCGCUCCGCGCUGAAGAAGAUGUGCGAGUCAUGCCGGUUCGUGAAGCGCAAGGGGAGGGUCUACGUCGUGUGCGAUAAGGUGCCGAAGCACAAGCAGAGGCAAGGGAUGUUCACGACGACGGGCGCGGGCGCGUCGUCGUCGUCGUCGUCGUCGUCGACGUGGUCGUCGUGGUCGGCGUGGGGCUGGGGAGAGAAGGGCGCCGCUGGCGUCGCGGCGGGGAGGAGGAGCGUCUUCGCGGGGUUGACGCUCUCGGGGACGUCGCGGUUCGGCUCGCUGCUUCCGCGGAUCGCGCGGUAG